AUACAUAGAUGAAAUAAACAAACAAUAACGGCUAUGGAAGUCAAUCCGUUGGCUGUAAUAUUGGUGUAUUUUGACAGUAAAGGCGAUCGACUGCUGUUUCGCUACCCUACGCAUACGCACCAGCUAGGCGAGGAGUUAACCCUGACCAGUAACAAGAAGAAACGCAACCCCUUUGCGGUUCACACAGACGACCAUGACGACCAAACACCUAACAUUAGCGCAGCCAAAAGCCAAGGAGGUCAACUACAAGGAUUUUCCGACGAUGUGCUAUCCACGCUGUUUGCCGUUAAACCGCAACUGUGUAACCAAAAGUUUGAGUUAAAGCUCAACGAUGUACGCUUCGUUAGCCACCCAACCCUUAUACCGCACAAGGAGCAGCGUCCCAGCAACGCCGGAACAAGUGCGCCUUCGACGACAUCAAAUGCGUCUUCGACAUCGCCAGCGAAUGCAGUGGCCAAUGUAGCAAAGAAGCAACAAAUGUUGAUUAACAUCGUCUUUGCGUUGCAUGCUAAGGCCAGCUUUUCCAUAGUUAAGUGCUAUCAUGAGCUGAGCAAGCGUCUGGGCGUGGCCCUCAAGUUCGAAGAGCAACGUAGUGGCUAUCUUACCGAGGAGACGUCGCAAAUGGCUCGAACCCACGACGAACAGCAGCCGGUGGAACGCACCUUUGAGUUAAUCGCUGAACGCUGUAGUCUGGCGCAGGCGCUGAAAUCCAUCUACCAUGAUCUGUGCACUACAGGCCUGCUGAGCACGACACUCAAUCAAAAUCUGACACUCAGUUUCUGUCUACCGCAGAAAGCGCAUCAGCUGCACAAGAAAGGCAGCAUGGUGGACCCCGAAACGAUAGAUCGCUGCCUGCGCUCCCUAAAGCCCUACCACGGCAUGCUGUUACUGGUGGAUUUCGCUGAGCUCCUCGAUUGUGUACCACCCACAGGCGCACGCAUGCUUCUGCAGCUUGUCGAGGUGUACACACCUCUAAUGAGUUUACAGAGCAUGGCCUCCGAUGCGGAUCUGGGCAUCGAUCAUGUGUACAAGCUUGUCUCGCAUCUUGUCUACUGGGCUAAGGCCACCAUUAUCUAUCCGCUGUGUGAGACCAAUGUCUAUGUGAUUGCGCCGGAUGCGCCACUCCAUACCAAGUCCCAUUUGGUCGAGAAGUUCUCAAUGCGGUUUGCGGGCAUGUCUCUAUUCGAAGUCAUCUCGGACUUUUCGCUGCCCACAUCUAUUGGACACUUAACCACACCGUUGCAGCAGCCAGCACGGCAGGGAAUUCUCGCCCAAAUGGUUCUCUGGAUGUUGCAACACCAUCUACUAAUGCAGCUGCACACUUACGUGCAGUUUAUGCCGAGCGACGAUGCCGACGAGUUUUCAGAUGCGGCAACCGCCGCUGCCCAACCGCCAGGCUCUAACUACGUCCUGGGAAGUUGUGGCAAUCUUACAGAGGACGAUGAUGAUCCCUUGCAUGGGGGCUCCAUGUUGAGCAUGUCUAGCCAGCCACUGCCCGUGCCGCACAUCCAUCGACGCAGCAUCCAGGAGGAUCACUUCUCUGUGGGCGACGGCUCUUUAGCUUCGGACAACAUUGCGGUGCAGCCGUCUUCCAGCCAUAAGUCCAAUUUCAGCAUGACCGCCUCACUUAGCACGGACAACUGCGACGAGGCAAGCAUCGAUUCCAUGGACGAGCAAAAGAUUAACGAACUACUGCAAAUUUUCGACGAUGCCGAUCGCGCAGCUAUUCGCCGCAUUCCUGCAUCCCUCAACAUCGACGAUCUCUCCCUCAUGGUCAAGCUCUAUCAGAUGGGCUAUUUUAAGAGCGAACACCAUCUUGAGGAGAUCAUGUACUUUGAGAAUUUGCGCCGCUCACAACUCCUCCAGUUGCUGGACAAGUUUCGGGAUGUCUUGAUAAUAUACGAGACGGAAGAUCCGGCCAUUGCGUCCAUGUACAAUAAUAAAUAGCAGGCGGAGUGCUAAUCUGUAAUAUUAUUUUAAUAGCCUUAGCUUAAUUACAGUAGAGUUGUGAACAUUUGAAAGUUUUAAAACAGAAUGAUUAUUAGAUAAUCCCUUUCAAAAUUCGAAAGAUAAUAUGUAGACUGCCACAUUGGAUGCAAAAAACUGAUUCACGUUUCAAUUUCUUAAAGAAAGUUGUUAAUACUACUAAAUUCUAUUGCUUAAAGAAAAAUAUUCAUUACGAGGGAUUUGCUCAAUCGACAAUUAACUCGUAUAUUUGUAUAGCAAUUUA